UUUUAUUUUGAAGGCAUGAUACCAUCCCCAGCAAGCGCGUGUAGCCUAUCUGUUGUCAGUGAAUGUUACAUUGUGGAAUACGUAGAGUAGCCUACAAUGGAUGAUCGCCUACUGGAUCUCACCAAGGAGCAAGAAGCUGUCAAAUCCAAAUAUCCACCCAUAGACAAAAAAUAUGAAUAUUUGGAUCACACAGCAGAUGUACAGCUCCACUCGUGGGGUAAUUCCCUGGAGGAGGCGUUUGAGCAGUGCGCUAUGGCCAUGUUUGGAUACAUGACGGACACAGAGACAGUAGAGCCCAUUGAUACCGUUGAAGUGGAGUCGGAAGGAGAUGACAUGGAGUCUCUACUAUUCCAUUUCUUAGAUGACUGGCUGUUCAAGUUCAGCGCUGAUCUAUUCUUCGUCCCACGGGAAGUUAAAGUUGUACACAUAGACAGAAUGCGUUUCAAAAUCCGAUCGAUUGGGUGGGGUGAGGAGUUCAGCCUGCCAAAGCAUCCACAGGGAACGGAGGUCAAAGCAAUUACAUAUUCAGCCAUGCAGAUACACGAGACGGAGAAGCCGGAGAUCUUUGUCAUCAUUGACAUCUAAGGAUGGGAGGUCUCCCAAGACAUGGCAGCGAUGAAUGCAGACGUGUCAAAUCCGGGGUUCAGAAAGUAAAAUCCCUGCCACAAAUUUGAUCCAACUAGCUUUGAAUCAGUGAGUACUGAAGACCCGGGGUGCGUUUCUCGAAACCCGUAGUUGCUAGCCAGUUAACAACUCAGGCAGUUACCACUUGGAAAUUGCAUCGCAAACAACAAAGUAGAUAACACGGUUAGCAACUAUAGUUUCUAGAAAUGCACCCAGAGUUUUAUAAAGUAGAAGUACUCUUCUGUAGUUACAACACUAGCAGUAUGAUAUGACAAAGUUGAAACCAUGUAACAUCAUACCACAACUGUUGUAAUUACAUCUGUAACAGUACUUGCACUUCUACUGUAUAUAACUCUGCUCAAGACGUGUAGGCCUACAGUAGACCAGUCACCUGUGUGAGAAAAAACUGGCAGGGUUUUUACUUUCUGGGAUGGGGUUUGGACACCUGCGAAGAAACACAUAUUCACAGACUGAUAUGUAAGAAAUAGCAUUAUGUGCCAUUACUAUCAAAAUAUAUUUUUGGACAUGUGUUUUUUUUAAUGGCCUGUUGGAAGACCUAACUGCCACAGUAUAGAUGACCAAGUGGUCAUAUUAGUUUUAUUUGGUUUGAAAAUGGAUCAAUAUUUAUUAAAAUAAUGUUUUGCCUUUU